UUUUACUCUAUCCUUAUACUUUAUCCUAAUAUUCCUACAUACGUGGCAUCCCUACUAAUCAGAAUGGCAUUCACAUUUGUGUAUUCGUGCUGUUAACAUCACCAGUGGGUCUUAGGACGCAGCUUUAACGUAUAGUAAGGUUUGAUUACAAGAAAGCAAAAGAGGCUACAAAUAAUUGCAAACCUAAUUACAAGAAAACAAAAAUUUCUUUAAGAAAAGAUAACCAUGGAAGAGACUCAAGUAUAUGAUUUUCAAAAUGCACCUAUUAAUAUACUGAACGAUGAUUGCUUAAAACAUAUUUUUCAAUUUUUACCAAUUGUUGACAAAAUCCGUAUAGAAAGAGUGUGCAAACGUUGGAGAGUAUUAAGUAAAGAUUCUUGGUAUACAAUGAAGAAGAUAGAUACCUCAUACCUGUUACAAGGUAUGUUUUCCAACACCUGUUUUCCAACACAUCAUGGAAUCAUUGAAUUUAUAUUGAACAAAAUGGAGGAAAUGUUAUCAAGAUAUGGCAGAUUAAUAACAGAAUUAUAUAUAGCCCAUCCAGCAACAAUGAGUCUACCUAAUUGCAAUAUAAUUCAGAAACAAGAAUUAACAGACAAGUUUAACAAAGAACUAUUCAAAAUAGUCAUGAAAUAUUGUUCCAAUCUUACUAAUAUUAAUGUUUCUGUAAUAACAAUUGAUGAAGAGGACAAACAAUUAUUUAAGGGCAGAUGUAAAAAAAUAACUAGGCUUACUUUGGGAACGUUUUAUAACUUAGAUGAGCAAAAAACAUUUUUCCAAGAAUAUCCACAGCUCAACUAUUUGAAAAUAUUUUUUAAUAAUACCUUUGUGGGUAAGUGUUUAUCAUACUUGCCAGCCCAGACAAUGAGCACUCUUAUAGUAAGAUGUUGCUGGAACAUUGAUGAUAUUACAUUUGCCAUGGGAUUGGCAAAGCUCGAAAAUUUAGAACAUCUUGAAAUAAGUUGUUCUAGAAUUGGUAAAAAAACUAUGGAAAUUAUCAGCAAUUGCAAAAAGCUAAAAAUAUUACGAAUUUACAAACACCAAAUGUUUCUACAAGAAGCGGCUGCGUUACACUUUACUAAUCUUAUUAACUUGCAAACACUAAAAUUGGCAUACUUUCCAUUUUUUCGCAAACAUUUCACUGAGAUAGCAAUGAAUUGUCAACAGAUUACUUCUCUAGAUAUUUCUGGUGGCCACUUUUGUGACGAUGCUGCACUAAAAACUAUUACAGCAUUACCAAAAUUAGAAUAUUUAAACAUUAGUUUUGUGCUUGGAAUUACCGAUAAUGGUUUGAAAAACCUAAAGAACCUAAAAGGAUUGGAGUGUAGUGGAUGUAGAAACAUAACAGACAAUGGGAUAUGCAAAAUUCUUGUAUUCUCACCUCAAUUACAACUACUAGAUCUUUCCUUUUGUAGUAAAAUUACAAACAAUUUUUACGAAGUUGCUAAAACAAUUCGUGAUAAUAAAUCUAGUGAAAUGGUACUAAAAGUUUAUAUUUCAGGAACACAAAUUGUUUUAACAGAUAAACAUAAGAUGCAUCCGGCAAUACAACUGAUUACUGAGUGUUUCAGUGAGUUCUAUAUUCCUUCUCAUGACUAUAUUCCUUCAGAAACGCUUUCAGUAAAUAUGAAACACUAUCAGUAUAUGUCUUCGAGAUAUUGCAAAAAGCAAUGUGGGUCCUAUAUAAUCUGGAGAGAAGAGACAAGAAUAAGAGAACCCAUCUCGAUAACGUUAGUGACUAAUUAUACGUUGGAUGAUUGCCGGUGUUGAAAUAAUUUAAUUUAUUUUGUUUGUUUAAUUAAUUGCUUAAAACAUCUUGACACAUAUAUAUAGAACUUGACAAAAAUGCACAAAGUGUAACGUUGUGCACGAUUCAAUUGGAAUAA